UGCUUUUAGCCUUCAGGCACGAGAUAAUUAAGCUUUGUAUAAUUGCAAAAAACAUUUUAUAAGACAAAACGAUUUACUCAGCAAUCAGUCGGUUAGUUUUAGCCAGGGACUGUUUGGCCAGGUGUUCGGCGGAGUGACACAGGACUCCACCUAGUUGUGACUAGUCAAGCGUCAUUACCGGCCGGUAAGAGUACGGAUCAGAAAUCUCAGGGUGACAGAUAAUCCCUACAACUACAGAUCGCUGCUUUUUCUUGUCUUUAUUCACCCGGAUUGCUCAGCUUGUGCAGUUAAUCAGCUAGUGGGCAAUCAUGGAUGGGGGAAAACGGGUCUGGGUGCCCCAUCCCACGGAGGGCUUCAAACUGGGGCGUAUUGUGGACAUAUCAACCAAUCUGAUCACUGUGGAGCCAUUUGAUGCCCCAGGAACGACGAUAAAUGCUAUAUAUGACAGGACCUUCCCUGCUGAAGAAUAUGACAAAGACGUAGAAGACAACUGUGCGUUGAUGUACCUGAAUGAAGGAACACUGCUCAACAACGUGCGGAUCCGCUACAUGAAAAACAAUAUCUACACAUAUGUUGCCAAUAUCCUGAUAGCCCUUAACCCUUACUUUGAGAUCUCAGAGCUGUAUUCCUCAGAGACCAUCAAGAAGUAUGAGGGGAAGUCACUGGGCACCAUGCCGCCCCAUGUCUUUGCUAUUGCUGACAAGUCUUUCCGUGACAUGAGGCGUGUGAAGGAGAGUCAGUCCAUCAUAGUCAGCGGAGAGUCGGGUGCUGGCAAGACAGAAUCCACCAAAUACAUCCUCAAGUUCCUGACCGAGGCCCGCGGUUCCCACGCUGGACCAAUAGAGCAGAGGAUUGUGGAAUCCAACCCCUUGCUAGAAGCCUUUGGUAAUGCCAAAACUGUGAGAAACAACAACAGUAGUCGUUUUGGAAAAUUUGUGGAAAUCCAUUUUGAUCAAAAGAGCCUGGUGGCAGGUGGGUUCAUCUCGCACUACCUCCUGGAGAAGUCUCGUAUCUGCGUGCAAAGCCCUCAGGAGAGGAACUACCAUGUGUUUUACCGUCUGUGUGCAGGAGCCCCAGAGGACAUGAGACAGGCUCUGAAGCUAGGGGCGCCUGAUCAGUUCCACUAUUUGGCACGAGGCAACACACAGUUUUUCUGUGGCCGUGAAACAGAAAAGAAUCUCGAUGCAAAGAGAAAAAGUCAGCAGUACCUGAAGAGUGGCAGCCUGCAUGACCCUAUUCUUGAUGAUGUAAAAGAUUUCCGUGUCAUGCAUGAGGCGAUGACUAAAAUGGGCAUGACUGACCCGGACAAAAUGGCAGUCUACACCCUGGUGGCUGCUGUGCUUCACAUGGGCAACAUCUCCUUUGAGGAGAACCAUGAGGACUCGAAAGGAGGCUGUAAGGUGAAAGGUUCAGCUGAGGCGUCUCUCUCCAUCACUGCUACUCUGCUGUCUGUGGACAAGGAGGAGUUAAGGGAAGCCCUGAUCAGCCGAGUCAUGCAGGCCACCAAGGGUGGACACAAAGGAACAGUCAUCAAAGUGCCCCUGAAGGUUUAUGAAGCGUCUAGUGCCAGGGAUGCUCUGGCGAAGGCCGUGUACGGGAAAAUCUUCGACUACAUUGUGGACAGAGUCAACAAGUCUAUACCAUUCAAAUCCUCCGUCAACUACAUCGGGAUCCUUGACAUAGCAGGAUUUGAAUAUUUCCAGGUGAACAGUUUUGAACAAUUUUGCAUCAACUACUGUAAUGAGAAACUACAGCAGUUCUUCAACGAGAGGAUUCUAAAAGAGGAACAAAUUCUUUAUGACAAAGAAGGAUUGAACGUGAAGAAAAUUUCUUACACGGACAACCAAGACUGUAUUGAUUUGAUUGAGGGAAAAGGCUCAGGUAUCUUUGAUCUGCUUGAUGAGGAGAGCAAACUGCCCACCCCCAAACCUGAUCACUUCACCCACGAAGUCCACCAGAGAAACAAGGAUCACUUCAGACUUAGUAUUCCCCGCAAGUCCAAGUUAAAAGCCCACCGAGAUUUAACGGAUGAUGGCGGGUUUCUCAUCAGACAUUUUGCUGGUGCUGUCUGUUACACAACUAGUCAGUUUAUUGAGAAGAACAAUGAUGCCCUGCAUGCCUCGCUCCAGUUCCUCAUCUCUGAUAGCAAGAGUGAUCUGCUACAGAAGAUGUUUGCAGAUAGCAAGGCCGCGUCUGGCAAACUCAACUUCAUCAGUGUCGGCAGCAAGUUCAGGAAACAGCUCUCACAGCUGAUGGAAAAGCUGCGCAGCACGGGCACCAGUUUCAUCCGCUGUAUCAAGCCUAACCUGAAGAUGGUGGACCACUGCUUUGAGGGAGCUCAAAUUCUCAGUCAGCUCCAAUGUGCUGGUAUGGGUUCUGUCUUGGACCUUAUGCAACAGGGCUACCCCUCUAGAACCCCAUUUGCUGACCUGUAUAACAUGUACAAGAAGUACCUGCCCCCAGAGCUCUCCAGGCUGGACCCCCGCCUCUUCUGUAAGUGCUUGUUUAAAGCCUUAGGUCUGAAUGAAGUGGAUUUCAAGUUUGGGUUGACCAAAGUUUUCUUCCGUCCUGGAAAGUUUGCCGAGUUCGACCAGAUCAUGAAGUCUGACCCAGAAAACUUGGCUCAGCUUGUGAAGAAGGUGAAGACCUGGUUAAUCUGUUCACGCUGGAGGAAGGCCCAGUAUUGCACUCUCUCUGUCAUCAAACUGAAGAACAAGAUCAUGUAUCGGGCUGCCCAGACUCUUAAGAUCCAGAAGGCAUUGCGCAUGUUCCUCUGUGUGAAGAAAUACAGACCAAGGUACAAGAUGAUUGGCAAGGUGAAGUCACUGCAGGGUCAGCUGACUUUAAUGGGACAGAUUGUGAGUCAGUUGAAGAAGGAGAAAGAGUCUGCCACCAAACAGGUGAAAGAUCUGGAAAAUGCCAUUGAGGGAUUAGUACAGAAGAUCAGGAAUGAGCCAAUGAGUUUUGCAGACAUGGACAAGAGCUACAACGCGCUCAUUGCCAACAUGAACAACCAGCUCGGUCAACUGAAGAAGAAACUGGAGCAGCAGAAGAAUGCUGAAGAACAGGAGAGACUGAGGAAAAUACAGGAGGAAAUGGAGAGAGAGAGGAAGAAGAAAGAAGAGGAAGAAAGGAAGAAACGUGAAGAAGAGGAACAAAGGAAGUUGAAAAUGGAAAUGGAGGCCCGCAGAAAGAAGGAAGAGGAAGAAAGAAAGGCAAGAGAAGAGGCUGAUAGGAAAGCUGCUGAAAAACUACAAGCUCAAAUGGCCAAGGAGGCUGAAGAAGAUAGAGCUAGGCAGUACGCACUGGAACAGGAACAUAGAGAUCGUGAGCUAGCGUUGCGCCUGGCCGCAGAGGAUCAGAACCAGGUGGAUGACAUUACAGUGCCUCCCCUGACCAGGUCAUCUGCUGUACUGGCUCAGAGACAGGCUGCUGCCUCCAAGAAGUUUGACCUGUCCAAGUGGAAGUAUGCUGAGCUGAGAGAUGCCAUCAACACUUCCUGUGACUUGGACUUGCUGGCAGCCUGUCGUGAGGAGUUCCAUCGUCGGUUAAAGGUGUACCACAGCUGGAAAUCCAAAAACAAGAAGCGGGACAACAAGGAGGAGGAUGAGAGGGUCCCCGAAUCCAUCAUGCAAGAAGCUGAAACAGCGAUGAAUGGAACAAGUGGCAAGGAUGAGAAUAUGCAGCGUUAUUUCCGCAUUCCCUUUGUCCGUCCAUCAGAAGAUCAGCACGAAGCUGGUCGUAAGCGCGGCUCCUGGUACGCUCACUUUGACGGGAAGUGGAUUGCCAGGCAGAUGGAACUGCACCCUGACAAACCACCCGUCCUUCUGGUCUCUGGUGUGGAUGACAUGCAGAUGUGUGAGCUGAGCCUGGACGAGACAGGACUAACCCGCAAGCGAGGUGCCGAGAUCCUGGAAAACAUCUUUGAGGAGGAAUGGCAGAAACAUUCCGGAAGCGAGUACCUUAAAAAACAUGCCAAGAAAAUCUCAUCCAAAUUUCUACAACAAAAGCUUGGUAUAACUAAAUAGAAAAGUAGGAUUAUGCUCCCCACAUUAAACCCUGCCUGGGCGCUGGUUGUAAUAUUAGCCUGAAGAAAAUAAUAUAUAGCCUGGCUAAAUGUACCAUAUUUAUUUUGUACUUAAUACUAGCUGUAUGUACAUUGAAGUCUGACAUUUCAUGUGUAUGUUACCCAAAAUUUCGCUCCACUAAACAAAUUGUUAGAUCAGGCAUCGAGUUUCCUCAUGCGCUUUUCUACCAAACCACGAAGCACGCUGAAAAUAGAUGGUGGGGUCAGAUGUCCAGCACCCUGUGCACCCAACUUCCAUCCCAAAAAAUCUGCUUCUCCCAAGGUUGCUCUAGAUGAAGUCCUUGACUGACUCUCUUGUAGUAAGCCUUUAUAGUUAAGAACAGAAAAUAUCUUUAUGAUUAUGUUAUUCAUUUAAUACCAGUAAGACAAUGUGCCGGUCAUUUACCUCCAUGCAGAUUUUGUAAGUCCAUCAGUUUUACUGAGUAGUAGCCAUGACAAUAACCUAAUGAAUACAUUCCAUUUAUUGAUAUGCUCAUGCUACGUACUUCUACGUGUAUGUUAAAACCUUCUUGUCCGUUGUACAAUAGCUCACUGUAAAAGUCAUAGCUGUAGUUACGAUGGUACUGGAUUACAGGCUUGAAAUCACCCCAUUUGUUAACUUAUUGCAGCUUUUUCUAUUUGUUGUGUUAGUGAACUUUAUGAGUGUGUCAUUACUACGCAGGGGUAUAGGUACAUCAGUGAAAUAGGACAUGGAAGUAUGUGUUUAUAACCAGAAAGGGGCACUGUGAUCUUGUGAACUAACCCGUGAAAUGGUGGUAAAGUGUUAUAAUACUACAUUCUGUAGGAGUAAUUUCUGUAUUGUAACUGUUAUGUUACAUGUUGUCAUGGAAACUUGUUGCAGACUUAAAAUUGAUCGGUUUAAUGUCUACAUUUUACAUAAUUAAUAUGUUUAAAGAAGUAAUAGGUAAAGAAGGGAUAUUCAAAGAGAAUGGGGAUAGAAUAUUGUGGGAAAUUGCAUUUCUAAAAUUAUAUUACUCAGUGAAAUUUGAAAUUUUGCUACUUUUAUUGAAAAAGGCCUGUACUUGCCCCCUUAAUAUGUGUCAAGUUGCUGAAAAGAGAAACCAGUAUUUUACAUAAAUUUAUGAAACCGUCUAAGAUAAGAGAAUAUAAUUGUUUGUAUCGGUAGUGAGAACAUAUUGAAAAAUAGGAGAAGAAGGAACAACUUAAGAUCAGGAAGAAAAAUAUUGGAAAACUUUCUAGCGAUGUGAUUUGUUUUUUACUGGUAUUGUUCUGGACUUUUGUGGAGUUGAUAGUAAAAUUAAUAGGAACCCUUUGCAGAAGUACACGUUACAAAGGGCUGUUGUGGUUUUGUUACUUGAAUUAAACUGUUGUUUAUGUCUAUAUAAUCCUGUUUGUCAUGAUUUAAAAAAAAAAGAGUUGAGAAGAAUUUAUUUCACUGAUAACAGAAGUUAAAACGACGACAACUAUGACGGUAUCUUUGUUGUCUUACAUGCACGUUUGUAUUUAAAGAACAGUUACAGAUUCUAAAUAGUGAAAUUUCAUGAUAUAAGAUAUUAAGUCAUUUGUUUUAUUUUACUCAUACUAAGUACUUGUGUUUUUGAAGAUAUUAUUCUUUCUGCGGGAUUGUUAAAAAUUAUGCUUAAUGUUUGUUGUUGAGUUACUUUGUUUGUAGGCCAUGUGUGGUCUAAGAAGUUGUCCCUGGAAGGAUUCAUAGUUUUCUGUAACUAUCAAGUUCAUCUAUGAUGCUUUGCUGUGUUAAGGAAUUGUCUAUUGUGAAAAUGUGUACAACCAUUCCGUGAUAAUGAAAAACUAAUCAUUGUCUCCAUGGAGAAAAUAUCAAAAGCUAUGCACUGGACAAACUAUAGUGAUAUAGAUGUAGGAAUAAUUGGCAGUACUUACAUUUAUAAGUAAUUUAUAAUUCAUUUUCCGGAGGAAAUUUCACUUACAUUCCUGAAUUCCAGAAAAACAGCGCUGCUCUUUUAAUACACGUACAUCCGUGUGCAAGGGUUACAUAAAGAAAUGGUUCCAUAAAUGGUUGUCUCCCCUGGAAAUAAUUUCCAAGUUUAUAUUAGGUAAUGGCUACUGUUACAUGUGAACAUCUGUGACUCACACCUGGCCAGUUACGUGUGAACAUAUCACCAUGUCACUCAUGAACCAAUUGUUGCACAUUUAUCAACAUUCCACCUGAAGUUUCCUGAUCAGAAUUGUCAUUGUUAAGUGUGUACCUGUGGAAAACUGUUGUUGAAUAAAGUGUCCAGUUUGUCUUUGUGGCAUAUAUCUAUCUUUUCUGUUGUUCAUUUCCCAAUUUCUAGCAAAAUAGAAGCACAAUUUUA